AUGGUCCGAUUAAAAGGAGUCAUUCCCAGUGUUCUCACCUACUGUACUCUCGUCAUAUUCCUAUACCUAUUCGUGGUGAAACCACUUCUUCCGAAACUUCAAGACCACUUGGCGUCACCUGUGGUAGAUCAAAAAGAUUUGUUGGAUGAGAUGGAUAUCGAUUGUGAGUACGUAAAAAACGGGACUAAGCCACCGAAUCUGCUGAAAUUUAUGGAAAUGCGGAGUGUGGAAGAUCAACUACUGUAUUCCAAGGAUAGAUGCCAAUCUCUCAAAACAUUAUACCGGUUCAACCCGAAAUCCUUAUCCCUCGAGGAAUCCAACUUCCCCCUGGCUUACGGUAUGCUAGUCUACAAGGAUUUACCACAGGUCCUAUUCAUGCUCUCCUCAAUCUACCACCCACAAAACGAGUACUGUAUGGCUGUUGGGGAAAAUGCGCCGGAACUUUUUCAGCACCUCCUGAAAGAGUUGGCCACAUGCUUUCCAAAUGUGCAUUUUAUGAAACGCCCUCCAAUCAGUUGGGGAAGCCAUGAGAUCAUAAACUCCGCGUACGAGUGUCUCCAAUUCUUAAGUCACCUCAAAACCGACUGGAAAUAUUUUCAAUAUCUAUCAGGUGUGGACGUGCCGCUGAAAACGAAUCUGGAAAUGGUUCGGAUAUUUAAAGCGAUGAAUGGGACGGCGAAUGUGGAGGUGAAAAACUAUCAGAGUGGCAGGUUACGAGGGAAAAAUCACACCGAAUCCCCACUUCCACUAUUCAAAUCUUCAUUGUCUGCUCUGAUACCAAGGGAAGCGUCAAAUGAGUUGGCGUCCUCCCUGAUGCCGCGCGAGCUCCUCGAAUUCCUCGAGGACACUGGAAUCGCUGACGAAGGAUUCUGGGGCACACUUCUUGGGAACCGUAAGAAAUUUGGUAUCCCGGGAAGUCUCGAUUUCCAAGAAUGGAUCGAUUAUCGAGAGAAUCAGAGCUCCUCGUUGAAAUGGCCAACCGAUGGAUGGCGAUACUAUAUAUCGAGAGAUCAAGUGUGGACGAAAUCCGCGUGCCGGAAUUAUAUGACGUCUGGUUCUUGUGUGUUUGGAAUUGGUGAUGUUCCACGGCUACUGACGUCGAAGGCCCUGGUGGCACACAAGUUUUAUUUGAAGUCCGAGCCGGAAGCCUAUUUUUGUUUGUUGAAGGAAAUCCGUCACCGCUCUUCAAACCCUGAUCCCAAGUUCAGCGCCUCCAUGUACUCUGAACUACCGCAAGUGGAAUUGUCUCGUGGUUUCAAUAUGUCUCAAUUAACACAUCAAAAUUGGAUUCUAUGA